AUGCCCUCCAGGAAGAAAACAUCCAUGUUUGCCUCUGCUUUUUGUGCCUGUGUCAGCUCCUUCGUGGUGAUCUGCGUGGUGCUGGCCACCCCGCAGUGGGUGAGCAGCGAGGUUCGCUUCUCGCGCACCAGCUCCAACGUCACCGUCAGCCUCCAGUACGGCCUCUUCAGGGGCACCUGCGAGCAGUUCGUGGAUGCAGGACUCCAGGUGUCCAAAAUGACCUUCCAAGUCGCGGACGCCCUGAGCAGCAGCAGCAGGAGGAGCCUGAACAUCGCCACCAUCGCGGUGCUGGUGCUGGCUCUGCUCAGCUCCCUGCUCAGCGCCGGCUUCACCUGCACCAACAGCGUCAGCAACCCCUACCAGACAUUCCUGGGACCGGUGGGAGUCUACACCUGGAAUUCCGUGUGUGGAGCCCUCGUCCUCAUAGCCAUGAUCCUUUUCCCUGUGAACGUGCAAGGGAACAGCCUGUCUGAAGAGCUGGCCCAGGGAUGUUCCACCUCCCUGCAGGGACACAUUGGAUCCAGACACAGCUAUGGAUAUUCCUACUGGAUCAUGCUGCUCGUCCUUCUCCUCAACAUCGCUUCUCUCAUCAUCAUCUUUCUCUACGACCACUCCAGAUAUUCCAAGAAGAAAGAGCAGGCAAGACCCAUUGAAGACGCCCCAAAGGAUGUUAUUCUGUUUUAA